AUGGAUUGCUUGCGGGACAAGUUUAUCCAGGGGAAACUCCUCGAUGGACGUUUCCAGACAGUUGCUCCACUCAACCAUGGCUCCUUUGGAAUGGUCUUCCUGGCCAAUGACACCUUAACUGGAGAGCAAGUCGCCAUCAAGUGCCUGACCAAGCCUUCGUCUGCGGAUUCCGCCUCGCCCCUGUCCGUGGAUGAGCGUUCCGAGGAAAUGCAGUGCCACAUGAAGCUUGGUCAACACCCAAACCUGGUCAAUCUUGUCAGCUCCUUCGAGACCCAAUCUCACGUCUUCUUGGUUCUCGAAUACUGCUCCAUGGGUGAUUUGUACGAAGCCAUCCGGACUAACCGCGGGCCACUGGAAACCGAGCAUGUACGCGACUUCAUGCUGCAGCUCAUCGACGGUGUUGACUUCAUGCACUCCAAGGGUCUCUACCAUCGAGACAUCAAGCCAGAGAACAUCUUUCUCUGCCAAGAUGGUUCCAUGAAGCUCGGAGACUUUGGCCUGGCAACCCGCAGCCCUUGGUCCUUCGAGGCUUGUGUAGGCAGUGACCGAUACAUGGCCCCGGAACAGUACGAGCCAACUGCGGCUGGAUACUCUCCCGCCAAAGCCGACAUCUGGUCCAUUGGCAUCUGUCUGUUGAACAUCUUGUUUGCAAAGAAUCCCUUCGUUACGCCAACCGAAUCCGAUAUCCUCUUCGGCGACUACACCCGGGACCGACAGUCUCUCUUCGACAUCUUCCCCAACAUGUCCCAGGACACGUUCGAGGUGCUCAGACACUCUAUAGCUUUGGACCCCGAGAAGAGAUCGCUGGCUGGCUUGAGAGAGUCGAUCAUGCGUGCCGUCACCUUCACCACCGAUGAUGAGUCUCUUGAUGAGUUCUGCACCGAGGACCGUGACGUCGUUGCCGCCAGUGCUUACCGUGAACCUCUACGCACUCCAUCCAUCCAGACUCCGCAGGUCAACCAGGGAGAUUCGUUCCCGUGGGCAAAGGCCCUGCAGAUCUCCCCGCAUCAGGAGGCUCGUCGUCUCUCGGUUAUCCCUGAUACCGAGUGCUACAGUGAGGACCUCUUCCCCGCCUCGGAAAUGGAUGGUGCCUCCUGGUACUCCAUGCAUGCUGUGUCCCCAUCCAUUGGUUCUACCUUGGAUUCCAACUUGGGAGCCUCCUUCAAGUCGAUGAAGAUCCGUCAAUCUGCCUUCCGCAACGCUCCACGCCCUGCACCCAUCAGCGAGUCUCUUCCUACUUCUGCAGCUCGACCUAUUCCUGCCAUGUCCUUGGUCUUUGGAAAGGGCAAUUCCGAUCAAGUAUCGAAGAGCUGGAGUGAUCUUUGGGAUGAGGAGGAGUCUGAACUCGAGGAGGCUCGCCUUCGCAGCCGCCAAGCCCAGAACUCUCGUACCUGGAGCAAGGAGAGCAACUCUGCUGAUAUCACUGGCCUUGGUCUUUCUGAAAUCGAGGAUCCUUCGUCCAUGCUUAACGUCCAGCCAAUUCCCAUCGUCAAGGACGAGAAGAAGGCGAUUGCGCCGUCCACCCCAAGCAAGCCACGGAGCAUCCUAGACGAGAACAGCAACACUCCUGUUGCUGCGGCUCGUCACUCUCCGUCGAAAAACCAAAUUCUUGACAAGUGGGCUGCCCUGGGCAAGAAGCGUAUGAACGUGUCGCCUGCAAAGGAUCAUCGUGUCGCCUCGACUCCCAAGAGCAAGACUCCCACCUGGCGCAAGGAAACACAGUACGAUCACGGCACCUGGACUAAGAAGAAGUUCCAAUCAAAGGAUAGUCGAGGACACAACUACCAGCAGCAGCCUAUUCAACCAUACAUGCUGAGCAAGGAUUGGCGCCGCGACAACACUCAGACCAUCAGGCCAAAGAGAGCACACAUCUACCCCCAGAUUCCAACCUAUUCCCCAGCAGUGAUUGAUGACGAAUUCGACUUUGUCGGCGGUUGGCAGGACCUACACCCGUAG